CCUCGCCGAGGAAAGGCCGAGCUUGCUGCAUUGCAGCCGCCGCGGCGCCGCUCGGCUCCUCACUCCCAACAAUGGCGGCUCCGAGCCCGAGCGGCGGCGGCUCCGGGGGUGGCAGCGGCAGCGGCUCCCCGGGCCCCAUGGGGUCCCCGGCGCCGGGCCACCCGGCCGUCAGCAGCAUGCAGGUAAAUGAACUGGAACUUAUCUCUUUUACUUUAGGCUUUCAGAUAAACUUCUGUGAAAAGGCACAAAGUGGAAAUUGUGACCCAUUAAUCUUCCAGGGGCAUAGGGCUUCUCCUCAGAAAAUGCCUGACAGUCCUGUGCUGAUGCAAGUGAGUGCAGGUAAACGCAAAGCACUGAAGUUGAAUUUUGCAAAUCCACCUUUCAAAUCUACAGCAAGGUUUACUCUGAAUCCCAAUCCUACAGGAGUUCAAAACCCACACAUAGAGAGACUGAGAACACACAGCAUUGAAUCAUCAGGAAAACUGAAGAUCUCCCCUGAACAGCACUGGGAUUUCACCGCAGAGGACUUGAAAGACCUGGGAGAAAUCGGACGAGGAGCGUAUGGUUCUGUCAACAAAAUGGUCCACAAACCAAGUGGACAAAUAAUGGCAGUUAAAAGAAUUCGGUCAACAGUGGAUGAAAAAGAACAAAAGCAACUUCUUAUGGAUUUGGAUGUAGUAAUGCGGAGUAGUGAUUGCCCAUACAUUGUUCAGUUUUAUGGUGCACUCUUCAGAGAGGUAAUACACACUUCCUUUCUGCUGUCAGCAUCCUCAGCAACCGGUGACUGUUGGAUCUGUAUGGAACUCAUGUCUACCUCGUUUGAUAAGUUUUACAAAUAUGUAUAUAGUGUAUUAGAUGAUGUUAUUCCAGAAGAAAUUUUAGGCAAAAUCACUUUAGCAACUGUGAAAGCACUAAACCACUUAAAGGAAAACUUGAAAAUCAUUCACAGAGAUAUCAAACCUUCCAAUAUCCUUCUGGACAGAAGUGGAAAUAUUAAACUCUGUGACUUUGGCAUCAGCGGACAGCUUGUGGACUCCAUUGCCAAGACCAGAGAUGCUGGGUGUAGGCCGUACAUGGCACCGGAAAGAAUAGACCCAAGUGCAUCACGACAAGGCUAUGAUGUCCGCUCUGAUGUCUGGAGUUUGGGGAUCACGUUGUACGAGUUGGCCACAGGCCGAUUUCCUUAUCCAAAGUGGAAUAGUGUAUUUGAUCAACUAACGCAAGUCGUGAAAGGAGACCCCCCGCAGCUGAGUAAUUCGGAGGAAAGGGAAUUCUCCCCGAGUUUCAUCAACUUUGUCAACUUGUGCCUUACAAAGGACGAAUCCAAAAGGCCAAAGUAUAAAGAACUUCUGAAACAUCCCUUUAUUUUAAUGUAUGAAGAACGUACUGUAGAGGUUGCAAGCUAUGUUUGUAAAAUCCUGGAUCAAAUGCCAGCAACUCCCAGCUCUCCCAUGUAUGUCGAUUGAUGCCGCUGCUACGUCAGACUCUAGAAAAAAGGGCUGAGAGGAAGCAAGACGUAAAGAAUUUUCACCCGUAUCACAGUGUUUUUAUUGCUCGCCCAGACACCAUGUGCAAUAAGAUUGGUGUUUGUUUCCAUCAUGUCUGUAUACUCCCGUCACCUAGGACGUGCAUCCCCGAAGUAUCCGACUGAUCACAGUGUUCGUGCUGGUCAGAGACCUCAUCCUGCUCUUUCCUGAUGACAUACUCAUGAAACAUGGAAGUCAGUACGAUCAAUUUGUUGACUGUGAUUAGAUCACAUCUUUAAUUCAUUUCUAGACUCAAAACCCGGAGACGCAGCUACUGGAGUGGUAUUCGUCAGACUUCCGGUCCUGGAAAAACGCAGUGAUGGAUGUACUGUGUCUGAACGUAGGGACUCGGCACGAGUGAGAAGAGCUUGCACAGCCAGCGAGACGCAUUGCCUUCUGGAGCCGGGAGACAGGAGGGUUUCUGUUCUUCACCAAGUGCAAUAGACUUACUGAUCUGAGGUCCUGUUGCUUUAUGGUCACAGUCGAUGUUCGGGGAUCGAUGUGCUCGGCCAAAUUCCCGUUUGAAAUAUCAUUUUAAAUUAGAAUGAAUUUAUCUUUACCAAAAACCAUGUUGUGUUCAGUAAAAUAUCGAGACAGGACAGAAUGUGCUCUUUUCUCCUUGACCAGUCCUUCUGCUCUUCACUGGUAGACUCGGGAGUCUGCCCCUUGUCAAAGAAGGUGCUGAUCCUAAGAAUUGUCACUCAGCAUGUGGUGUGCUGCCAACCCGAGGUUCCACCUGCCACCAACCACCGGGACUGAACGAAGAAAAAUUACGGAGGGCAACGUUUACAGACGUUUUCAUGCGAGCAUCUUCUCUGGGACAGCUCCUAGCAGCUCUCUUCCCCCUUUGUCCCGAGCCUGAUACUUUAGCCAUCGUAACUCACUACCAGGGAGGAGUAGCGAGGAGCAAUGUGCCUUGAUUGAUUAGAUAGAUAGAGAUUUCUCGUAGGCAGCAAAAGACCAAAUCGCAGCUGUUUGCCGUCACUGGUCCAGGUCUUCGGUUUCUGAACCUCUUCCCCUCCCCUGUAGUCUCUUGCCACUGUGUGUCUUUUGCUUAAUCCAGUACUUUGCCUCCCCCCACCCCCUCUAUUAAAAACCUUUAUAAUACCAGGGAUGUUCCUUACCAAGGAUUUCUAGCCCCAAAUCUCUCAGAUGCGCCAGUGUUUAAAAGGCUGAACAUCAUGGGGCUCAGUAACGUGGUAGGUGAUGAGGCAGCAUCUUUCUAGAAACACGAGUGACCCAGGGAGGACCUGAAACGGCAGUCCGAGGUGAGCUCAGCACCUGCGAGACUAACAGGUCAUCAUUUCUUGGAAUUGGAAUUCUACAGAAUCAACCCCACAACCCAAACAACCCCCGAAUAGUGAUAAGCCCACUUAAGCCUGCUCUCUUUGCUGUGCUCCCCUACUCCCCCACCAGCCAGGUUCCCCUUGGGUUUGCUCUGGCCUCCCUGGCACUGACCAUUCGGCUCUGAGCAGCACUGUGAGUGGUCCCAGCACGCAGGAAUAUAAAACAGCUGUGGUCCCAGACCAGGUGAGGCCGUUCCAGAACCCCCCGGGCAGGUACUGCUGUGUCUCCUCCCAGAGUGACAGUCAUCAACACUAUACAACAAUAAAGGGAGAAUGGUGCUGUUUUAAAGUCACUUCCCUGUCAAUUUCAGAAUUCAAAAAUGAUUUAUCGCUUUGGUCCAUUUGCCUAAUUUUCCCAUUUUCUCCCCUAUGGCAUCAUAAACCUUAGACUUCCCAGUGUUCUCAAAGGAAGCGUUGUUAUGUGUCUUCCUUCAACCGCACCAAGCCAUCAUUCUCCGUAUCUCCCGGGGACUCAACUUCCUGUCUGCUGUCAACUUCCCGUCGGGCUCGCGCAGGGUCACUUUGCCAUUCUACAGUGGAGAUCAAAGCAGUUCUGACUGUCCAGGAGCUAAGCUGAUCUGACUGUUCUGUUGUGUGGAUGACCACAUCAAAGCAAUUUUAGUGUAUUAAUCAUAGAUUAUUAUAAACUAUAAACUUAAGGGCAAGGAGUUUAUUACAUUGUAUCUUUAUUAAAACAAAAGGGUGUAUAGUGUUCACAGACUGUGAAAAUAGUGUAAGAACUGUACAUUGUGAGCUCUGGUUAUUUUUCUCUUGUAUCAUAGAAAAAUGUAUAAAAAUUAUCAAAAAGCUAAUGUGCAGGGAUAUUGCCUUAUUUGUCUGUAAAAAUGGAGCUCAGUAACAUAACUGCUUCUUGGAGCUUUGGAAUAUUUUAUCCUGUAUUCUUGUUUGAAAUCCUCCUCUAUUUAAGAUAUAUACAUGGAAUCGAAGUGUUUAUGUAAUAGUUCUAUCCUUUUGCCUGCAGGUCAGUUGUAAUAAAUUUAGGAUGUGAUGAUGACUUUGUAAUUUGAUUUUCUGAAGUCAGACCCUGAGAGGGGAAGAUUAAGUAAAUUCCAUUAAAUUAUCUGUGAGUUUCACCUUGG